ACGAAGAGAAGUAAAUCGUUUGACAAACAAUUACAAUUGCUUGAAGAGAAGAAAGUGCUUGGAAAGGAACGGGUUCUUUAUUUGUUUACGAACGGAUUACUUAGUUCAUUUAUUUGCACAUGCUGAGGGAGAAGUCUAUGAAGGAAGGAAGUGCAGCAGUUCAUUUCCGUGCAUGAAGACAGCGAAGAUAGAAUGAAAAAAACUUGCUUCGUCGGAAUAGUAAGUAAAAGCAAUCUGAAUGCGCAUCAUGACGUGCAACAUCCUGGUCUUGUUUGCCAACGACUCGGAGAAAUUGGCUAUGGAACUCAUUAACCAAUUUGACAAUGUGCCCAUCAAUUAUAUUUGUGUAAAUAACAACUCUCUACAACUUUCCAAUAUGCAGCAGAAAACGCAGGCCAAGAUCCACGUGGUCUUUUUUUCACCGGACUUUUUACGAUUCUUGGAGAACAAUGUGCUAGACGCCUAUCAUAUAUGUGGUCAUCUAGACAGCAAAUCCUCCGUCGCUGUAUUCUGUCUUGGAAUCAAGGUCGAAAAUGUUCUUUGCUAUCAUAUGGCACCUUUGAAAUCUUUUCAGAGUUGGAACAAGUUCGAAGUUUUAAAAACUCCUAAUGGAAAUCACGUGUUCCCCAAUGAACUGAUGAAUCGAAUUAAUGAAGUUCUCACCCAAUUUAACUUUGCAGCUGAAGAUAUAAUUGUUGUACCCCAGUUUUUAAAGAGGCACAACAAUACCAUAUAUACCAUAUUUCCAAGUCCGAUCGAAGAUUGUCACGAUUUAUACAUACGUCUGAAUGACCAUGAAGAUAUCGAUAUUUCUCUGAAAAAAUUGAAUCCAUAUGUCAUGAAAUUCUCAGUUCCAGAUUCUUUAUUUCAAUUUUCUCAUAACGUCAUCAUUAGAAUACAGAUUGGAGAACAAGUCAUAACUAAUCAGGUAGUGCAUUUGUCUCAAGAUACGCCAAAAAAUGCACAAGUGAAUGGAACAGAAAAUGCUGAAAAUGAUCAUCCCAAAUUGCUAACAAGACAAGAGUUGUUUUUAGACGAACAAAUCAAGUAUCUCAAAGGCAUAUCUGGAUUAAAUACAGAAGACGAGAAAUCUAGUCUGAAUUCUGAAAGUCGAACGAUCAAAACUGAGGAUGCGCAAGGUAAUACCAAAGAAAAUACCAAGUUUGAUUUGAAGAAGUUGUGCAAGCAAUACGGCUUGGAAAGACUAAGCUUACUCAUGAGUGACACAUCUUCGAAUUCCAAAGAUAAAGACGACGAAUUGACGGUACAGGGAACCAAGUUACUGCGAUAUUCAAGGCUCAUGAAUGAUCUACCAGAAAUGGAUUCAUCAAACCGGAUGAAUUCUUUCCUUGUGCAAGAAGCAGGUGGUCACAAACAUCUCUCUCUUUGUCGAUCCUUGUCCCUACCAUCCACUUUACUUCCAACUUCAGAUACUCGAAAUAGUUUUGGAGGAUACUUGGAAAUGGGAGGAAAAGAACCCUCAGAAAUGAAGCCUCAUGAGAGACUUUUAAUGGGCUGCAAGCAUUUGGAAAGAAGACGAAGCAAUGAUUCAGAAAAUUUACAGAAUGAUAUCAUGAAUUCUAUAUCAAGCGGACAUUACAUGACUUUGAGGAUGUCCAAUGACGAAGUAAUUAAUACCCGCGCUUUAUUGAAGAAAGGUCUGAGUUCCAGUCAGCAGGAACUUCUGGAUUUAAUGGAGGAUUUUAAGGAUGGCGAAUGCACCAUGUCUUACGUUGAAAACCAGUUUCAAUUGUGGAGGGAGAGACAUUGCCGCAAAGCCACUGAGGCAGACAAGCGCACUCGGAAGACAUCGGCGUUAGGCAUGUUCUGGAAAAAACCUAAGAAGAAAGAUUUAAAGAUUGUUAUUGAAAAUAAAGAGACAGCUAAGACGAAUGCAGACGUUAAAGAAGAAAAGAUUUCCACAAGAAAAAUAUCAAAUACUAGUGCAUCAAGUUCAAGUUCUAAAGCGAGUGAUAAAAGUUUGUCGACGGCGACGUCGAAAGAGGAUGGUUCAGGCAAUGAGCAAAGGUCUGACGACGGUACAGCACCAACAGGUUGGGUUUCUAGUUAUUCACCAACAGCAAAUCGAAUCUUCUUUCCCCGUUAUCCUAAAACAGAAGAACCUCCACCUCUUCCUUCAAGACCACCGCCAUGGGCAAAGAUGAAUACGAUAAAUAAAACACUUCUACGAAAGACCCUGCCAAAUGCCACCAAUGACACAACUGAUGUGAUUAUGGAAGAAAAAAGUCCAGACUUGAUCGAAGAUUCAGAUGAUGACUAUGAAGAAGACGAAGAAAGAAAAGCGAGUAUGUAUGAACUCUGCCAGAAGUACGGCUUACAGAAGCUUGGAGUAUGUUUUGUGACAGGGGAAUGCCCUAUCCAAGAUGACAAAAAACCUCUUGUGCGAGAAAAAACGACGAACACCAACAAAAAUAAAACUCUACAGAGAAAAACAGUGGAUUCAGAGGGAUAUGAAAUUCCAAUCAAGAAAAAGCUUGGAAGUUUUGAAAAAAAUUCAUCUCAUACAAAUUUGCGGCGAUCAUUUUCAUUGCCUUCAAAUUUAAGUCAGUCAUAUGAACUUCCGGACGAUUUAUUGGAUUCUACAGAAUCUGAAAAUCCACAUCCUGCUGAGAAUCAGCAAAAUGCAUGCAUCUGUGAUCAUUGUAACGAGAAUUAUGAUUGUUUCACCAACAACUUUUAUAUGUCCUUGCUAGAACUUCGAAGGGACAACUCAGUAAACGAAACAUCAAUCUUGACGCAAAGUUGUCUAAGCAGGAGCCAACAGGAACUCCUGGAUCUCAUGUAUGCCUUCAAGAGAGGAGAGCAGACCAUGUCCCAAGCGGAGCAGCAGUUUCAGGAAUGGCACUCGAGGCACAUGGGGAAUUGCCCACAUAACUUCAUUCUACCUUACCCCAAGUUGCCCAAACAAACCUCCUUUGCUUUACCCGGUUUUAUGAAGAUAUUGGGAAAACAGAAGAAAAAAACUUCUGCUGAUAAUAAGUUUGAUUUAGAGCUUGAAAAAAGCAGAAUGAAGAAUUCUGAAGAAGCGACUUCAGCUCAAAAGCGUUUGAGCAAGCUUUCUCAUUCCAGUACCUCCAGUGCAAAUUCUGAGUGGAGUGGAGUUUCUAAAGCAACUAUGAAAAAUAUGAAAAGCCCAGAGGCUGCUGUAGAUUUGACGCCUCCUGUUUGUCCAAAACGGCCUCCACCAGUGCCUCCCAAAAGACCUUUGUAUACCAAAGAACUUCCGAAAACGAGUCAAAUAAUCAAAGAACAGACUUCGCCAGCUUUAGCAACUAAUACGGAGAUACAGAAACCAAAAAAGGGAGAGAAGCCCAUUCCUCCACCUAAACCGAAAUUCCGACUUAAUUCGAACUCGACGGGACCAUCCGAGUCUGAAGCUCCCCACACUGCCGAGGAACAAUCGAAUAAGACGGAAGAAUCGAAACAAGAUGUAGAAGAAAAUUCCAACGACCGACCCAUUUCAUCCAUUUACGUAACCCCUGACACGCACCCUCGUCCUGUCCGUCCGAAACUGCAACGACAAGCCAAGGAAAUAUGCAGCACUCAGAAAUGGUCCACUCUGCAAAAUCGCCAGCCAUUCUCAUCAGCAGCCUUGGCGAAUCUUCCGGCUCCCAGGUGCAGAAACAUAACCGAGCCAAGUGAGGCAGACACACUCUCGCAAUUGACGCUCGAGUUGUUGAAGAAAGCGAAUCUUUUCAACCCUAACGUAACAAAACCCAUGUUCUACGUGAGGAGAUCGAACUCGGAUCCUAACAUCAAACUUUCAGAACCAAGUGAAAUAAAAAAGAAGCCACCUCCAGUGAAAAAACGGCACAUCUAUCUCGAAAUUUUGCCGCCUCUGGAAAACGAUCAACAGUAUCAAUGUAAUCCAGUGACACAAAACACUAUCGCCAGUUAACUUUGACAAAAAGAGCAGUAUUGAUUGAGUGUACAUAUUUAUGUGUUUUAAGAUGAUGAAAUCCCGGUGUUUUUAUAUAUAGAUUUGAUACUUUAAUCGUGGCCUAGUAGUUAAUUUCUAAAUAAAGAUAAGCAACAACGGCAAAACGCUUUAAAUGUAGAUUUUAUAAUGUUUAAGUGAAUAAACACACUGCAAUAAAAAAAAUAAUCAAGAUGUGAUGCUUUAGGCGUCAUUAUUUUAAACCAAUGGACGGUUUUUUCGGGUAAGCACUUCUAACUGAUUAGGGAAACUUUCUCAUUGAAGUGGUCUAAAAUAUUGAUUUCCAAAAUAGCAGGUAUUUUUUUAGCAAAAAAUGUAAGAGAGUGAAAAAUAUUUUAUUGAUAGCUACUAGUAAGUCUUAGGAAAGAAUAAAAAUUUAGACAUCGUAAUUUUUUCAGCAGUAUGUCAUUUGAUUUCAUCUACAUAAUCCUUUAUGUCAUUCAACAAAUUCGUCCAAAAAGAAUCGUAUGCGUCUCUUUAACAGUGAAGAAAUUAGCUACUGGGCCACGAUUAUAGCGGUCCUAUAUACCAGCAGUAUCAGUUUUUUUAGUAUUUAAUGCGAGUUUUAAUCACACUUGUCAUUCCCUGAUUUGUUUUUAAAAAAAAUCAUUCCUUUCAAUGAAUUUUUAGCAGCAUAUCAUUUGUUUUAUCAUAUCGUGGUUGUUAUAUCCAAAUGUCGUAUGUCAAAAAUCACAACUAACAAUAAAUAUAUUAAAUUUUGAUGUAAUAAUUUGAGCCGUUAGCGACACAUGGCAUUUUUCGAUAACAUACAAGUACUUUUAUAUCUCUUAAAUAAUUUAUUAAGUAUGUAUCUGCUCUAUAUAAGUGUAUGAAGUUGAAUCUAUAAAAUGUUUUGACGAACUUGAUAUACGACAUUUUGAUACUGCAGAUACAUUACAUUAAUCUUGUCUACACGUCGGUAGGUUGGCAAGGAUAAUAAAAAAUAUAAAUAUAUUGACAUGAUAUUUUUAUUAGCCUCCAUAUGAUGGGAAGACAACAUUUAC